UGAGCAUUCGAGCUCUUUUUGUCGUCGAGUUACAUGCAUGUGCCCACACACAUGCCCGCGUGUCAGUAGAAUCAGUGCGUCUUUAGAAUGUAUUACAUCAUCCUUGUAACUCUUGUUGUAUCACUAAUGUUAUCAAUAUUAAUACAUCAACUUUCUGGUUAACAGUAACAACGCGUACCAUAUUAAUUACGACCUAACAUAUUUCCCGGGCAUUAUAGCCCACGCGAGUCAUCUACCGCCAUCUGCCGACGCCUGCCGAAAGUGACCGAGCGCUGCCGAUCACGUGACGCACGCCGGAAAGAGGAGCGCGACCGCGCGACGGUGUUUUUAAGGUUAUGUAUUUGGAAACGCAAUUGGGUACAGGCUAUGGGAAGGGCCUGCUGCGUCCAGGAUUGUCCUUCGGGAGGCGACGCCCCGUCUCACCAGAUCCCUAAGAACCCGGCUCUCUUCCAGAAGUGGAAGAGCUUGAUUUAUUCCGAGAAAAUUCAGCAUCUGACCGACGAGCAGAUAAGCAAGUGCGCCGUUUGCUACCGGCACUUUGCCGACGAUGACUAUCUGUUGACGUUCAGAGUGAGGAAGUUGAAACGCGGUGUCGCGCCUUCUUUAAACCUGCCGAACAAGCCGGAUUCCGGCGUGUCUACGAUUAAAAUCGAGCCGCAAACAUCGGGUACCGAAAACAUGAGCAUGUUUACUGUGAAGGAAGAGGUAGAAUUGACGGAUAGGCAAAGAAUAACGAGAGUCCCGGAUACGUCUCAAAUUGUAUUAUUUGAGGACACUCCGGAAGAGCCCGAAUUCUGCUUGUUCGACCAGCCAGAUAAAUGUACUGAGCAAACUAAUUCACCAGUGGAAACGCACACAAAAUCAAAUUGUAGAGAUGAGUUGUUGAAGAAAAAACGAAAAUUAUCCGCGGCGCUGUUACCUUUGCUGCGACGUAAGCGACAGGCUAAGCAAUACGAAAAAACGCCUACGAUACAAAAGCUGUUAUCUUGUCUCACGCCUACCGAAAUAGCGUUUAUCAAAGCCAAAAUACGAAAGUCCAAGUACUCUCCGAGAGUGUACGUGAAAAUGUAUCAUAAUAUUGCAAAGACGAAAGCUCUUUACCAGUUAAAUUCGGUAUAAAAAAUUUGUGGGA